UUUUCUUCUUGAUUCUUAUUCCUGUGUUGGUCUGGCGGGCCAUAUGCUUGAUUAAUAUCUUCACUGUGAGUAUAAAAAGAGGCUUAAUUAUGUUAAAUAGUGAACGAUAAUUUGCAAUGAUAACAAUAAGCCAUUUAAUUGCAUAAAGUUCGUAUUAUUCGUAAUUUGGUAGCUAUACUCUUAUUUUACGGUUUUUCCUAUUUAAAUUUGUAUAUAAAAUACUCUAUUGAUUUUGCAAUGAACAUAUAAAUAUUUGACAUUUCACAAACUUUUACAGUUAUAAAAUUAAUAGAAUGUUAACAGGAAAAGUAUAAUUGUCGCUUCCACAUAGCAGGUAACUAGAACCUACGCCUUUAACAAAACAUGAACCAAAUACGUGGUACAGCGCUGUAGGCAUUUCUAAGGCCUCAUUCAAUGAAGCUAACAAAGGAUUUACGCGGGUAAAAUGGAAGUAAUAUGCGUCUUUAAAGUUCCAGUUAAAUAUUGUGAUUAUUUAAUUCGGCAGGAUUAUAAUGUUGGAUCAAAUGAUUGUCACAACAAUAAUCGAGCGACGGUUUCGAUUUGAUUGUGCAUGCUCACUUUACCUACUGAACUCAAGUACAGACUGACAAUAAUUUAUUUUAGUUCGCUGUGAACUACGUAUGGCGGCGUACGCUUUGUCGAAUCGAUUUCGCUUGACGUUUAAAAUCGCGCGAAAAUUUAUAAAUUGAAUUGACCUCUCGUCUUUCGACGACACAAUGAUCAAUUUAAAAAAAUAAUUCAACCGUUACAGAACUCGUCUUAUCUGUUUUUGGCGGCAAAAUGUGACAUUUUAAAUGUUUGUAAAGUGUUGUUAUAUGUGUAAGUUUAUUGAACUCGAGGUUGAUUUCUCUUUUAUUAACCUGUGAGAAGGAAUAAUAAACAGUAAACAGUGCUAAUAUAAUAUUGGAUGCGAUUAAAUGCAAUUUAUUGCAAAGUCUCCGUUAAAUUACCUAAAUAUGAUGUAUAGGAAUGCUUUAUGCGUGCUGGUGUGCGCGUGCGCAUCUAACGCGCUCCGCGUCGGCGUCGGCAUCGCUGACGUCACCGGCCCGCCUGCUGAGAUUGGAUUUAUGGGAUACGCGAAUUUCGAGCAGACCGGCCAUGGUAUACAUUUGCGACAGUUCGCGAGGGCAUUUGUUCUAGAAAACGAUGUUGACAGCGCAGAGCGGGUAGUGUUCGUGUCUGUUGAUGCCGCCAUGAUGGGGCAUGGAGUCAGGAGAGAGGUUCUAAAAAGGCUGAAGAAACGUUACGGCGAUUUAUACACGGAGGACAAUGUCAUCAUCAGCGGGACCCACACUCACUCCACACCUGGCGGUUUCCUUAUGGACUUUCUUUUCGACUUGCCCAUAUUGGGCUUCGUGAAAGAAACCUUCAUCGCGUAUGUAAUUGGGAUCUAUAAGAGUAUAGUGAUCGCACACACCAAGUUGCAACCAGCUCGGAUCGAGUAUGGUGAGGCGGAAUUGCUAGAUGCCAACAUCAAUAGGUCGCCUUCUUCUUACCUGAGGAAUCCUCCAGAAGAAAGAGCUAGAUACAAGUACGAUGUGGACAAGACCCUCGCGCAAGUCCGUUUCCUCACACCUGCGAACGAGUUGCUGGGUGUGAUCAACUGGUUCGCAGUGCACCCAACCAGCAUGAACAACACCAACCGGCUCGUCUCCUCAGACAACGUGGGCUACGCCUCCAUUCUGAUGGAGAAAGCCCUCAAUGGGAAUAAUACACAUCCGGGGAAGGGUAACAUUAUAUGUGCGUUCGCGUCAACAAAUCUUGGAGACGUGUCUCCGAAUAUUAAAGGUCCCCGGUGUGAGUUCUCCGGUAAAGUGUGCGACCAGGAGAAACUGUUAUGCAAACUGCCAAAGGAGAGGUGCUUCGCAUCAGGUCCUGGGAAGGACAUGUUCGAUAGCACCAGGAUUAUUGCCACGAGGAUGUUCCAGACGGCUAUGAAUAUUUUGGCGCAACCCGGCGAAGAUCUAACGGGACCAGUGGGCAUAGUGCACCAGUUUGUCGAGAUGCCAGUACAGAAGGUUCCACCGUACGAUCCAGUUUCGGAGACAUUCAACGCUAGUUCGAUGGUGUCGGGCUGCGUGCCGGCGAUGGGGUACAGCUUCGCGGCGGGCACGACGGACGGGCCGGGCGCGUUCGACUUCCGGCAGGGGACCACCUCGCCCAACGCGCUGUGGGAUGCUGUCCGCGACUUCGUGGCCGAGCCCUCGCCGCAAGACCUUGCCUGCCACGCGCCCAAGCCUAUUCUGCUUGCCACUGGCCGGAUAAAGUUCCCCUACAGUUGGCAGCCCCAGAUCGUCUCGUGCUCAGUGGCGCGCAUUGGGGAACUGAUCUUAGCGGCAGUUCCCGGCGAGUUCACCACCAUGUCGGGCCGGAGGUUGCGUAGCGUGGUCUCCAAGGCCUCAGGCGGCAAGAGGGUGGUGCUGGCUGGACUAUCUAACGUGUACGCGGAUUAUAUCGCCACCCCUGAGGAGUACCAGGAGCAAAGAUAUGAAGCUGCAUCCACUAUAUACGGGCCACACACUCUAGACAUAUAUCUGAACAAAUACGUCGAGCUGACGGAGGCACUCAUGGCGAGCAAGAAGCCGUCGAGUGGUCCUUCGCCGCCGGAUCUGAGCGAGCAGCUGAUCUCGCUGGUGCCACCAGUACUAUGGGAUGCGGCGCCUUGGGGACACGAGUUCGGCGACUGCCUGUUGCAGCCCGAGAAACAGUACAGCUACGGGGACACCGUCGUUGCACACUUCGUGUCCGGUCACCCCCGCAACAGUAUCCGGCACGGCCGCAGCUACGUCGCAGUGGAGCGGCUGCAGGAAGCCGAGGACGAUGCUUGGACCACCGUCGCCACGGACGCUGACUGGGAGACCAAGUUCAUAUGGCAACGCAACUCCAAGAUCCUGGGCACGAGCUAUGCUGUCAUCGAGUGGGAGAUACCCCCCGGGACCCCGCGGGGCACCUACCGCUUACACCACUACGGCAGCUACAAAUACAUCUUAGGUGGAAUAUACCCUUACCAUGGCUUCUCUGAACCGUUUGAGGUCACUUAGACACUAAUGUUUCAUUUUAUUACUCACUUGUAAACUUUUUAUGUGAUAUGGAGUUACAAACAAGUGGAUAGUUUGUUUAACUGUCCUCUAGGGUCAUGGACAGUACUGUCAACAUCAUACAAUAUACUGUGACACCUUCAUACCGUACCUGAGGACUAAGAUAUAUACUCGAAUUAUUUAAAAUUCUGGAAAACAAAUGAAAUGAUAAAUUUGAAUAAUAUUAAAGAUUUUGUUAUAAAAAAAAAGAACUAAAUUAUUAUGAGACUAUAAAUAUCACUUUCAAAAAAGAAUCAUCGGAAUCGAUAUUGUAUUAAUGAAGAUAUAGAAAGGUUGCCUGGAAGAGAUCGCUCUUAGCGAUAAGGUCGCCCAUUGUUUUCUUAUUGUGAUUAUUUCUUGUAAUUGUUUAUAUUUAUAAUAAGUUUACUAUUGUAAUCUUUUGGAGGAAACGAUAAAGAGUAUCUAUCCAUCUAUAGGUAGAUAGCGAAGCAUUUUUUCUAUACAACUUAGAAUGGCAAACGAGCUGACGGCCCACCUGAUGGAAAGUGGUAACCGUCGCCUAUAGACAUGGACAGUGCUAUGGACAUAACAGAGUAUACUGUUUCGCCCAUGAUACUCUCCGUGUGUUACCAUUUCUGACAACUAACGUGUUAUGCCUCUGUAUCCAUAGUAUACAGUUGAAUUUAGAUUUUUUUUUAAUACUGUGUAUCCGAAUCGUGUAUAUUGAUUUCAAAAGUACCAGGGGCAUUACAGAGUAUACUGUGUCACCCAUGAUACUCCUCAUGCGUUGCCAUUCUAACAACUAGGGUGUUAUGCCUCCGUGUUCUAGCAUACAGUAGAAUUAAGAUCUAUUUUUUUUUAAAUAUAAUUCAUUAAAAUAUAUUUAAAUAUAUUCAGAUUGUUUUGAAUGCUAGGUUCUAUUCCAGAAUUAAAUGGUUUCAUAAAAGGAUGAACGAUAGUAAUUUGUGAUGAAAUUAGCAAUGAAAUUGGUAAAUUAAUACAUUUGACACCAGAGGGAGACUUUGUACAAAAGUCGAUUGCUUGGGUACCUCUGUCCCAUUCGUGUUUCUACCGUGAAGCUACAUUUGCAUGGCUGUAUUUCGGUUUGAAGGGUGGGAUAUGGCGUGAAUUUACAGGGUACAGAGGAAUAACACCUGAGUCCUCAAGAAUGGCAAUGCAUGGGGGGUAUCAUGGGCGAAACAGUAUACUCUGUUAUGUCCACGGUACUGCUCAUGUCUAUAGGCGACGGUUACCACUUUCCAUCAGGUGGGCCGUCAGCUUGUUUGCCAUUCUAAGUUGUAUAAAAAAAACAAAAUUUGAAAUUAUUGUGAUAAUAUUCCUGAAGUAUAUAAAAACCAAAGUGGAUUUUUAUAAUCUAAUUAAUUUUAUAUUAGUAUGUUUAAUAAUAAUUAACUUUUAAUCACUUAUUAUAUAACAUUAUACAGUCUCAGACAGUGAUAGACGCAAAUAGAACUGUGGAGGUCUCUGAAUAUACUGUGCCACCCAUGUUGGUAUAAUAAAUAGGCGGCGCAGUAUAUUCAGAGAUCUCAAUCGUGCUAUUAACGCCUAUUUAUUUACAAGCGUUGCCGCUUUUGAUGUUUAUUUUUAAAUUGUUUAAUUAAGGGAUAUUUUUAUCUUGCAUAGAUAAAGUACAUUCAUCAUUCGUACAGGAAUAAAUUGCUGUAACAUUUUGUACAAUAAUCUUAUAAUAAGUAAGUCUAAUUAUAGUAAUAUUUCUUUUCAUCAUCAACAUCAUCAUCAUCAUCAUCAUCAUCAUUUCAACCAUUAUUCGUCCACUGCUGGACAUGAGCCUCCCGACUAUAAACUUAACUCUUCUUUGCAUAAUGGUGGAAAUUUCCAUCAUAACAUUGAAUGCCCAAAAAUUAUAUAAAAGAACGAGUUCACUUUAAGUUGAUCGUGUCUGGUUACCUUCUUAAUGUCCAUUGCAGGAAAAAAACAUAGCUGACAAUUUUUUUUUUUACAAUUUUUCCUUUAAUUUUGAACAUGAAUUAUGUCAUCUUGAUUUAUUACACUAAUAAAAAAAGUCAUGCAAAGAAGGGUUAAUUGUCCUUGUUGCCAUAGCAUUUACAAGUGUUUUAAAUUGCAAAAAAUGAGUGUCGAUACUAGACUUCAAUUGGUUACCGAAUUUAAUUUAUGUUCAAAUUGUUUACGAUCGGGCCAUAGAAUAUCCAAUAUUUCUUUUAAUACUUGCUUACAGAAUUUAUUGGUUAUACGUAUUUACUGAUAUUAUUCACAAGUCCAUUUAUAUUAGAUGUAUAUUUCCAAAACUAAUGCAACUUAUAAAAUAUUUUUUUGUCUAUUGUUGCCUAAUUCCUUAAAAUUGUUUACUUCAUUUCAUACUGUAUUGUGUUAAAGUAAAUGCUGUGAAUAUCUUCAAUAGGCGUGUGCAUUAAUAUUGUAUUUUUCAUUUAUUGAGCGAAGAUGGAAUGAUAACCCCCUCCUGUGUUAUCGGUAUACGCUGGCGGGGCACCAGUGAAGGAUGAUAGAUAACAGAUAAAGGCAGGUCUGUUGGCCCAUAGUGACCAAUUGAACAAGAAUAACCACUAUGGUUUCUAGGGGGAACCGCGUGGAAGUCGACCUGAUUGGGUGUAUUGCUAGCAAUGGGGAUGUUAAAUCUCUUUACUAACAAUCCCUUACCCCCAUUAAUAUUGUAUUGUAUUUAAUGUUUGUUAUAUGUGUUAUAAUACAAUAUGACAUUGAUAUUCCUAUGAAUAAAUAAAUAAGUUCCAUAGCUCUAAAGUAACUAUUACAAAAUUAAUAAGUAACUUGGUAGAAUAAGAGAUUUGAAGAGUUUAAGAGAUAUAUUAAAAAGUUGAUUUCAACGUAUAUUGAAUUAGUCUGUGAAAAUCUAUUUGAAUUAUCUGAAAUACUCAUUAAUUGAUUAUUAUUCCAUUAUUAAAAAAAAAAAACAUAAAACAUUUUAUGUUAAAAACACAAAAUAAUUUCAGAUAAAAACACAAAAUAAUUUCAGAUAAAAACACAAAAUAAUUUCAGAUAAAAACACGAAAUAAUUUCAGAUAAAAACAAAAUAAUUUUAGAUAAAAAACAAAUUAAUUUCAGAUAAAAACAAAAAUAAUUUCAGAUAAAACACAAAAUAAUUUCAGAUAAAAACAAAAUAAUUUCAGAUAAAAACAUAUAAAGUAAUUUAAGAUAUUGAUCCACAAAAAAAAAAAUAACUGACUUUAAACAUUGCAACUAUUGAACAGUUUUUAAUUAAGUUGCUAUGGGACGAAGUUGAAAGUAUUCUUUUUCACAUAAAAGAAAAAAAAAAUAACAAAUUUGUUUAUAAUUAUUAUAGUUGGAAUUUAUUAGAUGUGCCUUGUUCGAUUUUAUAGAUUCAAUCAUUCGGUUUAAUUCGUUAUCAAUUAUGUGCUAAGUCGAAGUUUUUCGAAUUAAAGUAUUAUGGUAUUCGUUAAU